CUAUUAGAAAUUUUCAGUUUUCACUAGGCGGGAAAACAGGGAGGAACUUCACGUUCGCACGCGGCAAGUCAGUGAUGUCGACGUUCUCGUUCCCCGAGCGGCCGGCGGCGGAGAUCAUCGCCGUCCUUGCCCAGACCGGUAUCGCCGCCCUCAAGCCGGAGGAUCUCACCAACCCCUCCGCCGACGUCGUCUGCGCCCUCUACUCCAACUUCCUCUCCUACGUAGACCCCGUUGGGUAUGAUCCCGACAACCAGAUCGCCUUCAGCUCGUUGGAGUUCCUGGAUAACCCCGAGCACCACGACGACGCCAUCAAAAUCUUCGAUCUUUACCGCAAGGUCAGGGAAGUCCUCGCCUCCAUCCGCUUUGGGAGCUUCAAUCUCCGUGACCUGCUCAAGCCCGAUCCCAGGCGGACCUCCCAGAUCCUCAGCACCGUCGUCAAUUUCCUAUACUACAGGGAAGAUAAGCUGAACAUGUUGCGGCCGAUCGCGGAUCAGUUCCCAAGUUACGACGAAAAGCGAACAGAACUCGAGACUAGGAUUGCUGAGCUGAACAAGGAAAUUUUGGACCAUGAGGCUGCAUGCCAGAUGGAGGAGCCCAUGGUUCAUAAGUUGGAAGCUGAGGUCAAAGAGUUGAGGCAGACCAUACAGAAUUAUAACAAGCAGCAGAUGUCGUUGAAGACGCUGGCCAAAGGACUCAAGGAGAAGACUGAUGCUAUCAAUGAUAAGAUCUCUCAAGCCGAUUUUGAGUUAGUGAAGAAUGUGCAAGAAAAUUCCAAGCUGUUGUCUAAAAUUGUUCAAUCCCCAGACAAGCUACAGAGGGCUCUUGAAGAGAAAAAAGCAAAUCGAUCAGAGGUGAAGAACUCUGAAAGGCUGGCAAUGCAGAGUGUUCAAGAGAAAAAUGUCACUUUGGAGGUGUACUCAAAGGCUUAUGAAAAAAUGUCCAAGCAUUUCUCACAGGUGCAGGCUAUACAGGAACAAGUAAAUUCAGCCAAAACUAUUGAGAAGGAAGUUAAGGCACUGAAAGCUAAGCUGAGUGAUGAAGGGGUUUCAAAUAUGUCUCUCGAAGCAAAAAUAGUUGAACGGCAAGGAAAAGCAAAACAAGCUGAGGAGUUGGUCAAGUUAACAGAAAGAGAGAGGGAUAUGAGACAUGCAGAGGAGAUUCACAGACUUAACACUUUAAGGGCAGAAAUGGAAUGGAAGCUGCAAUGUCUGGAACCAAGGGAAAGAAAAGUUGAAGCGUUGGUUGCGAAGGGUGAUAAUUUAUGUUCAGAUGCCAGUUCAGUAAGAGAAGCCGGAAAGGCAAAACAACAAGAACUUCAUGCUAAACUUGAAGAAAUUGUUCGUGCGUUUCAUAGCUACUCAAGUACGAUCAGUUCAUUGCUGCAAAGGAUUGAGGUGGGGGUGGAGAAGGAAGCCCUGGGGACUGAGAUCACAGGUUGAUGGCCAUUGAUGCUGUUUAUCCCAUGGUUUGAGCUCAGAUCUUCCAGUGUUCUUUCUUAUUGCAGGAUCUAUCUGUGUCACCUUGCUCUGUGAUGGAAACGAGAAUAUAUUAACUAGGGAAAUGUAAAUUUAUAUGGGGUCAUAAAUGCGUGGUGUAUUUUCUGUCAGAGGAGAUAAUGAAUGGCCAGCUUCUUGUUUGAGUGACAUAAUUAAUUUGUACCUUAAUUUCCUUCUCGCUUGUUCACCAUCUGGCUUUUAAAGGACAUUGCCCUCAUAAAUGCUUGGCAUUUAUAUAUGUACUGUCCUUUUAUUUUAAGACCAGAUGUUAAUCAC